CGGACGCAGGCUUUGAACGAAAAAAAUCAAAUGGAUUUCCGCAAAAACUAAUAGCGCGGCACCGCCCAUCAUAAUCCCACAAACCGCCCAAUUCUUUUUCGACCUUAUAACUGCCAAUUUUGAUCUUGUUCUUAGUCUUCUCCAAGAUAAAUGUCGGGAACGGAUUCAGCAAUUCGGAAAUGAUCACUGUCUUGCGAAUGGAGCUUCCGACCAUGAUGUUUCUGACCGAUUCUCCGACGCCGGAGAUUCGACUGAUCCCGAUCAGGACUCGGUGGUUUCGGACUCUGAAAGCGGAAUUUCAGGGCCGAGUAUGGAGCAUGUGGAAUGGAUCAACGAGGGUUUAGUGAAACUUGCUGAAGAAAAGAUUUACGACCUAAUCAAGAGAAAAUUCUUAACCAGUAUCGGAUUGCUCAGCCAGGAAACUACGGUCUCUGCCGUUUACAAGAACAGCCAUUCGACCCAUAUUGGGCAAGCCCGGCUGCACACGUUUCAGAUUUACUUGCAAGCAAUAGCGAAGAAAAAUGGGGGGAAUGCUAAUGUCAAGUACGCUUGGUUGGGGGCUUCGAAGGAUCAAAUCAACAGCAUUCUGGGCUAUGGGUUUUCCCAUUGCAACAAGCUUGAGAGUUCUCAAUCUCUUGGUAAUGGCAUUUAUCUCUCCCCUGAUGAUCAUCCACUUAAAAGUCUGGAAGAUACUGUUGUUGAUGAAGAUGGAUUAAGACAUCUAUUGCUUUGCCGUGUGAUAUUGGGGAAAUCUGAGCUUGUUCAUCCUGGUUCUAGACAGAAUCAUCCAUGUUCUGAAGCGUUUGAUUCUGGUGUUGAUAAUCUCUUUGCACCAAAAACAUACAUAAUUUGGAGCACAAGCAUGAACACUCACAUCUUGCCUGAGUAUCUAAUUAGUUUCAGGACUCCUCCUCGUUGGAAAGGUGCUUUGAAAGCCAAACAGCCUUUGAGAAUGCCAACCUCCCCUUGGAUGCCAUUUCCAGCUCUGAUAUCUGUUCUAUCCAAGUGUCUACCUGCCCCUCAAAUUGACAUGAUUACUAAGUAUCACAAAGACCACAGGGAUCAUAAGAUUUCGAGGCACGAGCUGAUCAAGCGAGUAAGGCAGAUUGCGGGCGAUGAUCUGUUGAUACAUGUAAUCAAAUCAUCAAGAACACAGCAAAGUACUGGAUCAAGAAAUGGACAGAGAACAGCAGCAGGGAGUGUAGAUUCACCAAUUUUCUUGGAGUAGUUGGAUUGGAAGCUUGCAGUUUCUGUUCUGUUUACCAUAAAAUGGGAGUGCCAAGAAGGCAAAUCGACGAACGAGUUUUAGUUUGAAUCAAACUCGAACAUGUACCUUUGUAAAUGAGUCAGUUUCUUUUAGUUCAAUCGAUCUGUAUUUGUGUAUAUAAACCCUUUGAACUUUAUGAUCAACACCGAGUUAGAA